AGCAUCCUCCAUUGAUCCUUGUGGCAUCAUCCCAGCAGAAUUGGUCAGAUAUUGCCUGUGUCAGGGUCCUGACCAUCUCCACGAGGGGCUGUCCUUGUGAGCCCGUGCUCCUCUUCACUGACCUGACCUCUCGCAGUCAUGAUUGCUUUCAGCUGCCCUGGCUGGCUUAGGAGAAAACCUAAGACUAUGGAGUCCCAGAACCAAUCUCUGCCCUCUCUAUCUCCAAGAGAGGAAGAAAAUAACAGGGAUCUUCAUGGAGAAAUGACCCAGGUGAGGGCCUGGACUCUCCAGCAGUUAGAGCAGAAGAAAGUUUCUGAAGAAGAAUGGAGAAGCUGAGAGCCCAGGCCGGGAAAGCAGGGUUGUGUGAAACACUAUUUAAUCCUAUGUGCUUUCUGCCCCAAUCUAGCAGCCAGUGAAUGAUGGCUGACUGAGUAUAAAGGCCAGGACUAUAGAACUGUGAUAAAGCGUUUGUCCAAGGAAAGGGGCUUUUGCUGUUUUUGUUUUCACAGUGGAAAUGGCUAUUUUUCAUCUAAAGUUUUCUGAAUGGCAGCAGCGAGCCUCAGGAGGGGAGCCUUGGGAGGAGCCUGAAUCACUGAUGGAAUUGGACAGUGCGUGGAGAUGGUUGAGCAGGAUGAGGUCCCUGGCUCUGCCUGUGGUGCCCCAAACAUCAGCAUGGUGGCACCUGGCAGGACUUGUUCCAUGAAAACCAUAGAGGUGAACUUUGCAGAAACCAUCGAGAAUUCUUGCUCCCAGCAGGAAGAGACCAAACCGAAUUUCAGAGACAGCAAAAAUAGACUUCUUAUGAGUCAAGUGGCCUAUUUCCUGAACUAUCGGCUGACAACGUAGAAAGAUGGAAAAGAUCAUGAGGAGGAACAGAAAUACAGAGACAGCAAAAUAAAAUUCUUAUGAGUCAAGUGGCCUACUACCUGGGCUGCCGGCUGAAGAUGGAAAAAAACGACAAAGAUGAGGAUGAAGAUGUUAAACUUACAGAGGCUGAGAACAUACAGGAAUCACGUGCCCCCAGGGAGGUGCAGAAGAUUGAAGUCAAGAGAGUCCCUGAAGACUCACCGGAGGAAUGUGUCAUCACUCGUUCAAAUAGCUAUGGCCCUACUGACUCCAGCCAGCCUCACAGAGACACCAGUGAAAUCACAUUUGAGGAAGACAACAUUGACUCUGCCCUGGUUGUAGAGAGUGAAUCAUCUCAUGAUGUGGUGGAGGAUGCUCUAAUCAUUGUUUCAGACAGUCAAAGUGAUGAUGAGGAAGAGGAAGAAAGAGGGCCAGUGCCCCCCAGGAGUCUGCAGGAGUCUGUGGAGGACGAAGCCCCUGAGGAGUCCUGGGAUGAAGGUUCUUCGACUCUCUCAGUUCCUCCUGGCACAUCUGCCUCCAGUGAGUCUUACAGGAGCAACUUGCACUUAUUAGAGGAGCAGAAACUUGACUUGACUGUUGACAUAGCAAGGUUAAAAAGGACCAAGAAGAGGGAGAAGACCAAGGCCCACCAUGCCCCAGGCUCAGCCUGGAGCUGAUGGAAGCAGAAGAGAGAGCCUGAAGUCUUCUGGUACUCACUGGAUAUGUUGUAUUCAAUGUAUGCAGCUUAUCUUGAGUUUUAUGACCCAUGCCAGGCUUACACAUAUGCCAUUUUUUUAUUUGUAGAAGAGCAUGUUUGCUUGAAUUUGGACAAGGACAGUAGGUUUCUUAUUAUGUAGCUGAUAAAGCUUCACCUGGUCUCCUGGAUAGGGGUCAUAUUCCCACACUAAGACAACAUGUCACAUGGGACUCUGCCAGUGCAGAGUAUGAACAACACCAUGUUCUUGCUGAAAACACUUAGCCUGAGUUUCAUAGCCUGAGGUAAUCGCCAGACAACUUCAGAAUGUAGAACAGUGAGCAGCACGACUGACCUGUCUGCUUCAGAUAGCCCAUGUCACCACAAAUCACACAACUAAAAGGAGAAGAGACAUUUUGGGUUGAAAAAGAGUAAAAAGGUACUGUAGCUACAUUUCUUUAGUUCUUUUGAACCCAAAGCGUCUCCUCACCUUUUUGUUGUUGUUGUUGAUGGUGGUGACAUGGGCUUGUUUGUAGAGGACAGGUCAGCUCUCUGGAUCCAUGGUCUACGCUCUGAAGUUGCCUGAAAACGUCCUCAUGAUUAAAAUCAGCCUAAAUGUUUUUCCGGGAACAUUGCAGGAUCAAUGCCACCUCACACAUCUGCAGGCAGAGCAGGUCCCGUGUGUCUAUCACCGUGAUCGUGGUACCAGGACUGUUCCACCAUUUGUCUAUCACCGUGAUCGUGGUACCAGGACUGUUCCACCAUUUGUCUAUCACCAUGAUCGUGAUGCCAGAUCUGUACCUUUCAGAGACACAUUAUUUAUGCCGAAGUAAUUGAAAAAAUAAAUGGUUUUUAAAAGUAUUCAUAUCCUGUAUUCAGAUGAUCAUCCCCUAAACAUUUUAUUAUUCAUUAAUCAUCCCUGGCUGUGUCAGUUAUUAUAUUUAUAUCUCUACACUGGAAAUUUUCUAUUUUUACUGUAGCUUUGCUUUUGCUAGUUUCUGUUGUUGAAAAAAAAAAAUCCCUGCCUCCAUUUUAAUUUUUGCCAAAGUUAAUUUUAAUCUAUAUAAUUCAGAUUUUUUGUCUUUAAGAUAAGACUGUGAGCACAUAAGGCCACAAAAAACAGAGAUUUUGCUAAUUUUUAAGCCUUUGUUAAUUUCUGGCUGCCAAGAGACAUAGUUUACUUAGUUAGCUGCUAGUAUCUGUCUAAGUGAGCAGCCAGGGAAAUGUCUAUCAGACUAAGGAUAUGCAAAGCCCAGGCCAUUCUCUUUGAGUCUUUUAAACUAUUUCAAAAGAGAAGAGAAUAGGCAGGUUCCACAUAUGUGGACAGGAAGGAGAAUACACUAAAAGACACAAACAACUGUUUCCCAAAACAGAAUAGAAAAUUAGAUUUAAAUAAACAUACACCAUUAAAAUUCAAAAAAUAUUUUCUCUUGAAACGUAAUCUCUCUAAACUUAGCCAGCAUAUGAAAGUCAAUUCUUAAUAUACCACACUACAUU